GGCAGCUGUAGCUGAAGUGCAGUGGAAAAGGUCUUCUAUAUUUGCGGCUUCCCGGAGCUUCAGCAUACCGUAUGGUACGUUGUAUCAUAAAAUACACGGUUUGUACAGCAAGAAACCUGGUUCACCAACCGUUCUAACCGAUGCACAAGAAUGCGAUCUUGCUGAUACCGUUCGUGUCGCUGGCGUUUGGGGAUUUCCGCUGACUGCGGAUUGUAUAAAGAAGCUCGUCGAGCAAUUCCUGGAUCACAACAAAAUGAAGACCAAAUUCAAGAACAACACUCCUGGAAAAGAUUGGAUCAACUCAUUCCUGAAAAGGCACACAUUAGUUUCGCGCUUGUCUCAAAACAUUUAGCGAAGUCGUGCCAAAGUGAGUCUUGAGACUCUUAUUUCGACAAUCUUGCGACAACUGUGGAUGGUGUCCCUCCGGAAAACAUCAUAAACUACGACGAAACCAACUUCAGCGAUGAUCCGGGAUCGAAGCGCGUCGUAGUGCAAAGAGGCCAAAAACACGUAGACACAGUAAUGGACCAUUCUAAAUCCUCGUUUUCUGUAAUGUUUGCGGGGGCAGCCAAUGGAAAAAUACUGCCACCGUAUGUCGUUUAUGCAGCUCUCCACAUGUAUCCAACUUGGACUGAAGGGGGACCAGAUGGUUGUAGAUACAACCGCACAAAAUCUGGCUGGUUCGACUCUAUGGUGUUCGAAGACUGGUUCUUCACGAUAGCACUGCCAUACUUCAACGGACUACGUAACGAUAAAAAACGUAUUAUCAUCGGCGAUAAUGUUGCUUCACAUUUAAGCUUCCGUGUUCUACAAUCCUGCAUGGUCAGCAAUAUCAGCUUUGUUUUGCUGCCGCCUAACGUUACUCACCUAUGCCAGCCUCUCGAUGUUGCCUAUUUUCGACCUCUCAAAAAAGCCUGGAAAGAUACAUUGAGCGAAUGGAAGAAACAAAACAAAGGAUGCAUUCCAAAACACAUCUUUCCUCGACUUCUGAAGAAGUCUUUGGUGAAAAUUAGGGAGAAUAGUGAAACCAAUAUGAAAGCUGGGUUUAGAGCAUCUGGAAUUUACCCAUUGAAUGAGAAGGCAGUGCUCAAGAACCUUCCCGACAAUGCUGAUGAGCCUAAAACCGGAGAAACUGCAGUCACAUCUUCGUUUUCAGAACAGCUGAUUAUAAUGAUGAAGAAAGAGCGGUUCGGAUUAGCGCAGGAACGAACCAUUCCACGUAAGCGCCGGUUGAUUGAUGUUCAGCCAGGUUCCAGUGUUAGUGAACAGCAAGCUCAACAUUUAAUGGUCAAGAAGAUUAAAGUUGAAACAGAAGUUGACGAUGAUACCAAUGUCGUGAACCCUCCGAAAGUUAAAGGCGAAGCGAAAUCCACCAAGAAGGGUUCGAUGCUAGCAACUCGAAACCGUCGUCCGUUGAAAAAUAUAACCAACAGGAAGUAGCAAGCAACUAUAUCUCUACCACCCGUAGCAAGUUAUUAUAUAAAUCGAGACAAAUAAACAUGGUUAUACAAAACCCGAAUAUAAUUGAUUCCUUUUGCAUAUUGAGAGUUCUUCAUGCAACACUGUUGUAAACUAAAAAAUCAUGAACUAACCUCAGGUGAAAGUCUAUGCUUCUUAUUUAU